GGUGCGAAGACCCCGUUCUAGAGCGAGAAGAAAUGUCCCCUGUUUCUCUCUCUAGGUAGCUUUUACGGUUCCUUCUCAACUAUCUUCAAGCCGCUUACCCGCUCUCUCUCUCUCAUCUACCCCUCUCUCUCACUUAGGGGAAAAUCAGAGUUGAGAAAGCGUUGCCAUGAAUUUCCUUGUUUUCGAAUCCACUCGGACUUGAGAAUGCGUUGCCGUGAAUUUCCUUAUUUUCGAAUUCAGAUGAGAAAGGGGAAAAUCAGAGUUGAGAAAGCGUUGCCAUGAAUUUCCUUGUUUUCGAAUCCACUCGGACUUGAGAAUGCGUUGCCGUGAAUUUCCUUAUUUUCGAAUUCAGAUGAGAAACCAUGAAUGUCUUUCUUUUCGAAUUCAAUCAGAGAUGAGAAAACGUCCCCAUGAAUUUCCUGACGACAUUUUGCUCCGCAUUCUAUCCCUCCUUCCGGUAGAAAUCAUCUGCAGGUUCAAAUGCGUAUGUAAAUCAUGGCAACAACUCCUUUCUUCUAAGGAUUUUGCGCGAAUCCAUUCUCUCUCCACCACCUUCCCAUCGGACACCAUUGCCAUAGUUCCCGUGCCCUCGGGCUUCUCUGAUGCGAUUGCCCCUGUGCGCACUGGCUUCUCCUUUAUUCGGAUCACCCCAGAAGAUUCGAUCGAAUCCCCUCCGCUGGUAAGGCCGCCAUCAGGAGGUGAGAGUCUCACUCAAUUGGCCUGCAGCAAUGGCAUGUUGUGUUAUACAACCUACUUAAACCCCAGUAUCCAUGUCUGUAAUCCUGUAACAAAGCAACAUCUCACCCUUCCGGUCCACCCUUAUUACCUUCCGGAAAUUAUAGCGUUUUAUUUCGACCCUGUGAACCACAAUUUCAAGUUGUUGAUCGGAAAAGAGCAUGCUGUGUUCAGCUCAGCCGCUGGGCAUUGGAAACAGGUUGCAGGCUUGCCAGCAUCCACAUCGUGGCAGCGGCCGGCCAUUUGCGUGCGAGGCAUUUGUUACCAAGUUUGCAGAGAAGACAACCAGAAUAUGUUGUCUGCCUUUGAUAUGGAGACUGAAAGUUCAGAACGUAUUCAAAUGCCUCUGCAAACCAUGAAAGAAUGUAAGAAAUGGUUACUCAAAUUGGUGGAGUGGAAGGGCCAGGUUUGCUUGGUUCAUAGGGCUGGAGAUUGUGAGUUUGAGAUAUGGGGGCUGAUCGAGGAAGAUAAGAAUUGGGAGAAAGUUAUCAGUGUCCCAAUCAAUGAAAGAUUUCAGUCUAAAAUUACUUGGAAAUCGCUCGUGGUACCGCAUUGUAAUUCGCUCUUUGUUGCUCAACUCGAUUGGUGCAGUGUUGAUCUCUCUUUACCUGAGAAUGAGCAUGGGAGAAGGAAAUCAAACUGGCAAUUCAAGUGGCAUGAUCCAAUUGGUUUUGGUGUUUUACAUGGCCUUUAUCCAUUUACUCCGACGCUUAAUUAUUUGGGCAGCUAACUGUGCCUCUGAUUUGGUUUUUUUUAUUCUGUGUUUUCUUGAGAAUAAUCCUUUUCUUUUAUGUUUUAACACAGGAGGCCCAAAUUAUUAUAUAUCGUACACCUUUUAGUAAGUUAGCCAUGGCCUUCUGGGAUUCUUGUGAAACUUUGAAAGCAAUAAGAGAUUUUCAACCA